GAUGAGGAGGCCACAGUUCCGUGAUGCAGACCUGGGCCUGCUCCCCUCUGCCAAGCGGAACUCCAAGGACUCAGCUGCCUGAGUGAUUCAGAGGAUGGAAAAUCAGAAAAGCAUUCGUGCAAUGUGGCAGAGCCUCAGCUGCACCUCCUGGGGAACAAACAUCAUCCUGGUCUUCCUGUGCGGCCUGGGCCUCUUCCUCCUGACAUUCGUCCACAGCACUCCACCCUCACCACCUCCCAAGAGAAAGGGGACCAUCAGGAAGUGUCAAGGGCACACAAGGAGGAGAAUCAAGAGCAGAAAGAAGAGCAGAGCUCUGAAAGCCUGCAGAGACUGCUUGGAGAAACUGAAGGAGGCUCGAGGGCUCGUUUCCAUUCUGCAAAGCCACCUGGGAAAGCUCCCUGACGACAGCGCUUCUCACCUUCUGUGUCGGGACCUCCAGGGAGAUGAACGCAAUCCAGCCCCUGCUGGGGGCCACCAGCCUCAUGGGGAGCCCGAGGAAGAUGCUUCUCCUGUCACCUCGUCCCCACUGCCUUCCCCGGCUCUGCUGACCCAGCACCCUCCUCCCCCGGCCUCCUGCCCGUCAGAAGGACCUCAACAAGUCCAGUCCGACGUGAAGAGCACCCCGGCAGGCCCGGCCCCAGACAGCGCCCCUCCAGGUAACUCCUGCUUGGCCUCUCUCAGCACGGCCGCCUCGGGCUUGGACCGCGUAAGCAGCUCCAUUGCAUUCUUCUCCUGGUGGUGGCCGACCGCCAAGGCCUUGCUCCUGUUCACCUCACCACAUGGCAGAGGCCGGCAAGAGCCUCUUUCCCAGCACCCACCAGAGGCCUCGCCCUGGGGAGACGCCGCACGCGGGCAGGCAGAGGCUGGCGGCCCUCCUUUCAUCAGCCCUGAUGGCCAGAGGCUGCUAGAAAUCCUCAUCUCCAGGAGAGCAGGCCUGAUGCUGAAGGCAGAAGAGAAGACGGGGUCCCUGCUGGGCCAGAUGCGCCCAGGCUGCCUCCUGAGUUCUCUGGGGGCUCUCUUGAGGUCCCUGAGCAGCAAGCAGGCCAGCAGCGCCCCACAGCUCUUCUGGAGACCACGGCACCAAUCCACACAGCUGCAGGGGCCUCCGCGGCUCUCUGCCCCCCAGGUCUUUGGGGACCACUUAGAGAAGAAAUGCAGCCAGCUCUUCUGGGGCCUCCCCUCUCUGCACAGCGAGUCACUAGUGGCUACGGCCUGGGUCUCUAAGGGGCCCACCCUUUCAAGAGCUCCCACGGUUAGGUUCAAUAUCAACUCUCGUUCUUCUCCAGUUCAAACUCGGUCCACAGAGCCUCCACUGCUUUCCCAGCCCCAACCCUUGCCUCCUAACCAUUUGAAUCAACCCCAACCUUUGACUGAAAAGUUGCCUUCACAUCCGCGUCAGGUGCCAACCCCAGUCCAGCUCCCUUGCUCUUUCCCAAGCCUACCAAGCCCCUCCCUACACAAGGGUAGGACCUGUAGAUCGUCCUGCCCCACCUCCCAGGAUAAGGCUCGCUCUAUCAUCCCAACUGACAAUCAAGAAAUGGAUUGGCCUUUGCAGAUGCCACUACAACGGAAGUGGGCUGCUCGCUCUUUUCUCCAAAACCCUCAAGAAGGUGCUGGCCAACCCACACCCAGCCUCCCCCAGGGUAGCUGGGCCUCCCAAACCAGGAAGUCCACCUCUGCCUUUCCUGGGGAAACCAUCAGCCCUGAGCGCCACAGGCAGUCUGAACAACAAAGUCAAGCAAGGCUUCUCAAGGAUAAACCCCAGGAUGGCUUCCUUUACAGAAUCCAACCAUGUCAGAAACUGAUGCACCCUCGGGGCAAAUUCUCAAGGACCUGCCCAUUCCAGGGAAUGGAAAAGCAUGGCCGCUCCCAGCCGUCCCUGCCCUCUGCAGUUGCAGGUAAAAGCAUCAAGGAUGUGAAGACAAUGGAGCCCAUGCAAUGCAGAAGACUCCACAGAAAGGGUGCAGUAGGGCUCAAACUAGGCAAACAAAGCAAGGAUCCAGGGCAGGAUGAAGAUGACAAAAAAGACCUACCCUGGAUUCCAGAAAGCACCUCAGUGGAGGUUCUGGAAGAUGACAAGGAGGAAGCAGAACGUAACUUUUUCAAGCCCAGGAAGCAUGAGUAUAGGAGCUAUAAACCCAGGGUCCCAGAAAAGGAAGAUCUCAAAAAAGACCUGAAAGCCCAUUUGGAAAAGAAGUCGGGGCAGAUCAAUAAGGGCCGAAUCCCUGUGAGGGUGCGUCGAUCCUGGCUUACUGCUAACUAUGCAUUUCCCAAUUACAACACCCACAUAAAACCUAGAAAUCCAGCAGACCCGAAAGGUCACAACUCCUCGGUGAACACCUCCCAGAAGACUUACUUUGUCAAUCCUUUCACUCGAAACUUGCUAGAAACACACAUUAAAAGUUUUCCAGUGAGGCGAGGGUGGAAUCUAUACCACCAGACCCUCAAGCACACAAAUCUCAACUCAGGUGCAGUCCAAGCUUCACAGCACCCGCAGCCCAAAUUUCCCUCUUCAGCUUCCCAGGAGUCAGGGGCCAACGUGAAAGUCAAGGCUGCCAAUGCCCUAGGAGACCCUCACAAAGGUCUAGGAGAGAAGAUGAUGGCAAAAAAGUCAGUUCCACCCCCAGAGAGACCCGUCAUUGCCCCCUCAUCUGUGUAUAAGGAAGCCAAGAAGACCCUGGCAGUGGCCCCAUCUGGUGGCACCCGGAGGCUCUCGGAGGCCCCUGGGACCAGACAGGAGGCCAAACUUCCUAUUGAGUCUCUCAAAGAUAGCCUUCGGGACAGAUUCCAGCAGAGCAAGACUGCUCAGGGAGCUAGGAGAGGCAGCCUAGCACGGAGGAAAAGUACAACAGCCGCCAAGAAUGAACCUCAAGAGAUUGGGCACCUGGCCCCCUCAGACCAUUACAAACCCAAAACGCAGAUCAGUAGAAUAUCCCAGGCUACAGGGGCAAAAGAAAUCAGGGAUGCAUUGGAGGCUGAGGAGAAGCCUCUCACGUGGGAAGCCACCAGGGAAGCCAACAUGACAAUCUCCCAAACCAUCAAUGUGAAUCUGAAUUUAGAACCUUGUGGGGAUGGUCAACGUCCCCAAACCUCACGAAUGCCUAUUGGCUACCGCACAGGACAGCCAGGCCUGGAAAGAGAGGUUGUCAAUGAAGUGGAGGUCCAAGUGGAGGUGGAGUCAGAGAAUCAGCCUCAAGGCCAGGACACUGAUAUUGUCUAUCAAGACUACACUGUUGAGGUGCACCCCAUCACAGACAUCUUGGCUUCUCAGGCCUCUUCAGACACUCCAAAGAACAUGUCCAGUAGCAACAUAUCAGCUUCCCAGGGGCUUCACGACCACCUAUUGAAGGCAGGGUGGAGCCAGAGGCAGCAAGAGCCCAGGAGCCCAAGAGUGAGAUCCCCAUGGAAGAGUGAGAACAAGAUGUUCAGUCCUUCUGACAAGAGAGAGGACUGCAGGAGACUCAGACCAGGAGAUCACGAAGAAAGAGCUGCAGCACAAAGGGCCACACAUGCCCGUGGGAUGAGCCACCCUGCCCGGAACAGGGAAACAGGAGACACCCUGGUUAAAAAGUCUUCACAAUUCCUGCCAACGAGGAGACAAGAACCACUGGAAAGCCACAACAAAAAGAGAGUAAGGCCCUUUAUGCAGCAUUCUACCCCUACCAGAAGAGGCGCAGGAUGGGAAGAUACCCUGCCCAGAGACAGGCCUGUAUCAGCAACUGCUGGGAGCCAAGGAUCGCACUUAGGCAGAUUGUUCACAGAAAAGAGAGAGGCUCAGGCACAGGCCCUCACCACAGUUGUGGGAAAGAUUGUGGUGGACCAGCUGGGGCUUCCGUAUACACAUGUUCCCUCAGAGUUCAGUUGGUACACAGAGGAAACCCAGGUCCCACUGGGUGAGUGUCCCUGCUACCACAGGGGUCCCUCCUACCCAGAGCCAAGGAGAGUGGGGAUGGAUACAGCAUUUUGUCACCAAGCAACCCCCCAGAGUUUCAGCCAUCCUAUCAACAGCAUGUCGGUCAGGGACAGGGACAGUCACCAGUUCUCCCCACCCAGGGAGCCUGUGUCCCGAGCUAGCCAAAGCCAACACAGGUCAGAAGUGGCAGGUACCUUGGGCCGCUCUAUCUCUUGCCCCAGGAACUGCCUUCUUCAGAGAAGUGUUUCGUCUGGUCCAGCAUAUCAGGUCCCUCGUGUAUUUUCCACUGGGAAAAGUUUUCUCCCAGAACAACGUCAAUUUCUGCCACAGAAACCUAUUCAGUCUUAUGUCGGCACAUCCUUUAUGUGCUAAUGGCUUCCACCUACGAAUAUACUUAUUCUUCUCUAUUAAAUGUGUAUUUCCUCAUCAGAUUUAGUGGCGUCAGUCUG